AUGCCGACGGGAACCAUGAGGAGGAUGUUCGUCGAGUCGUCGUCCUCCGGGAGCGGCAGGCAGGCGGAGGCGACGGUGGUGCUGUGCGCGCCCCGGCCGCGCAGGGUGCACGCCCAGCCAUGCAGCGCCGACCUCAUCCUCGGCCCCCCACCCUUCCUCCUCGACGCCUCCUCCGGCAGCAACAGCAGAAAGCAGAGAGAAGGGAAGAGCAAAACGCGGGAGGUCGACGACGAGUCGGAGGAGGAGGGGGAGGGGGGCUGGGCGCUGUUCGGCGGCUCGCCGCCGGCGCGCGCGGACAACCCGCUCGUCCACGACCCCCACUUCCUGCUCAACCAGCGCCACCACGCCGCCGCCGACUUCAACCUCGCAGCGGUUUUUGACCACCACCUCCACCACCACAGCCGCACCCACCACCACCACGUCCCAACAUAUAGCAAUAGCAGUAGUAACCACAGUUUUGCCCCGUCGUACACGCACGCCGCGCCGGCGGUGAGGAUCCAGGGGUUCGACGUCGCCGCCUGCCGGGGCUCCCACGGCAGCAACGGCGGAGGCCGCGUGCUCUCCGCCCGCGCCUGA